UCGUGUCCCCGGACGUGCACGCUCUGUGGAGUCACCUUGCCCCGGUGCUGCUGCCGCACAGCUCCGGUUCACGGGUCUGAGAGCAGGUGGACGGUCCGGUUCGGCCCAGAGGCUCAUACAGGCGGCCCCGACACACCGACAGAAGGCGGAAAACAUGGCAGACACGAAGCCCAAGACGUCCCCGAAGGCCAUCAAAUUCCUGUUCGGAGGACUGGCCGGGAUGGGCGCUACAGUGUUCGUUCAGCCGUUGGACCUGGUGAAGAACAGGAUGCAGCUGAGCGGACAGGGUUCCAAGGCCCGCGAGUACAAGACCAGCUUCCACGCCCUGGUGUCCAUCCUGAAGAACGAAGGGGUGGGCGGCAUCUACACCGGUCUGUCUGCAGGUUUGCUCCGUCAGGCCACCUACACCACCACCCGUUUGGGAAUCUACACCAUCCUGUUUGAGAAGAUGACUGGAGCAGAUGGACGACCGCCAAACUUCCUCCUGAAGGCUCUGAUUGGUAUGACGGCUGGGGCCACAGGGGCCUUCGUGGGGACUCCAGCAGAGGUGGCUCUGAUCCGAAUGACAGCUGAUGGGCGGCUCCCUCCGGAUCAGAGGCGGGGCUACACAAACGUCUUCAACGCACUGGCUCGAAUUACCAGAGAAGAGGGCGUGGCCACGCUGUGGAGGGGCUGUAUUCCCACCAUGGCCCGUGCAGUGGUAGUUAAUGCUGCUCAGCUGGCAUCAUACUCACAGUCCAAACAGGCACUGUUGGACUCAGGAUAUUUCGGUGAUGACAUCCUGUGUCAUUUCUGCGCCAGUAUGAUCAGCGGUCUGGUUACUACGGCGGCGUCCAUGCCCGUCGACAUCGUAAAGACCAGGAUUCAGAACAUGAGGAUGAUUGACGGGAAGCCGGAGUACAAGAACGGACUGGAUGUGCUGGUGCGUGUUGUGGGGAAGGAGGGCUUCUUCUCGCUGUGGAAAGGCUUCACGCCGUACUACGCCCGUCUGGGUCCACACACCGUCCUCACCUUCAUCUUCCUGGAGCAGAUGAACCGGCUGUACAAGACCUAUGUCCUGGACCGCUAACACACAAAGACACACACACACCAAGAGACUGUAGCGCAAACGCACAACCAACACACAACAUACACACUAUCACAUUCACACACACACACAACAGCCGUGUGUUUUUAAAUGACCCUGGACUGAUACUUUGAUCAGGACGGAAAAACAGUGUUUAAACAGGACGGUACCAAGUAAAACACACACACACUCACACACACACACACACACACACACACACACACAGCCCUCAGAUGUUACAGUCCGACUGCCACAGACACACACAAACACACACUCUUAUUCUUUUUGUAAAGAAAAGAAUGUAAAAUACUUGUAGCUGUUGUCAAUAAUAAAUAAAGUUUUAUUUGUUGAGCUCCUCCAUCAGCAUCACUGGACAUCUGGUUACCAUGGUAACAGCCAGCAGUCCUGACGGAGCAGAGGGACAGUUGGUUACCAUGGUAACAGCUGGUGGUCCUGAUGGAGCAGAAGGACAGCUGGUAACCAUGGUAACAGCCAGUGGUCCUGAUGGAGCAGAAUGACGGCUGGUAACCAUGGUAACAGCCGGUGGUCCUGAUGGAGCAGAAGGACGGCUGGUAACCAUGGUAACAGCCGGUGGUCCUGAUGGAGCAGAAGGACGGCUGGUAACCAUGGUAACAGCUGGUGGUCCUGAUGGAGCAGAAGGACGGCUGGUUACCACGGUAACAGCCAGCGGUCCUGAUGGAGCAGAAGGACGCUGAAUAAAACAGUCUGAGCCUCA